CGUGUGAGCCAUCCAUUCAUUUCCUCCUGAGAAACACACGGCGGCGGAGGAGAGACAGAGAGAGAGAAGGGGGUCACAUCAGAAAGUGCGACAGAGGAAAACAAGACAGAAAAGAGGGAGGCAGAGGGACACUGUAAGGAUAGUGGUUCUCACUGUCAAUAGCUGAGGUUAAUAAACAAGGAACAGUGCUAUCAGGAUGUUGAUGCUGGAUGGGAUGCCAGCCCUGCCAGUCAAAAUCGAUCCUGCAGAGUCACAGAGACGGGUAAGCGGUCAAAGCGAUGCCCCACAGUCUCCUGUGAUCCAUGACUACACAGAGAUGGGCGUGCUAGUGUUGAACCGCAGAUUUCGGACACCAUCAGAUGAUAGACGAUUCCUGUCCGACCCCUUCCAGAUGCAAACAGAGCCUGUGGACCUGUCCACUAACAGAGCCAGAACCUCCCCAUCACUUUCAGCAUCGUCAUCUUUAUCCUCGUCUCCCUCGUCGUCCUCAUCAUCAAUACGAUUUUGUCCACGGUCCCCUCCUUCCAGCAAGUCUGUGUCAUCUUCAUCACCAUCAUCAUUAUCUAUGCCUUCAGCCUCCUCCACCUCUGUCAUAACCCCCGUUCCUCGUUUGAAGAUGUCUCCAGUGGUGGCCUCUCCCCCGUCCAGGUGUCUUAGGGGGCAGUCGUUUUUGCACAUACCCCAGCUGAUGCCUCCUUGCUCCAGCCCGGUCCACCUCCACCCACGCCGUGUGCCAGUGGUGGUGCAGCCCAUGCCGCUGGUCUACCCUGGAGUAGGAUCAUUGGGAAACAGCAGGCUCAUGAUGCCGCUGCUGGAGGAAAACAGGAUGCACAGGAAAGUCAUGCACCGAAUCGCAGAUGGACUGUCACCUCGGCGAUCUUUGAGUGACAGCGAGGAUGAUGACCUGCCCAACGUGACCUUGGAGAGAGUGAAUGAAACAGGAUCCACUGCCCUGACUAUCGCCCGUGCUGUGCAAGAUUCCCUGUUGCCGUUCAGCAUUGAGAGCCUGCGGAGGCCCCGUCCUUCAGAGUCACCUGACUCAAAGAGGAGGCGCAUUCACAGGUGUGAGUUUGAGGGCUGCAAUAAGGUUUACACCAAGAGUUCUCAUCUUAAAGCCCACAGACGCACACACACAGGUUAG